AAGGGGGGGGGGGAGAGCCAGGCGGUACCGGACAGGGAGCGGCGGAGGAGCCGGGGCUCGGGGCUGCCGCCAUGGCCGAGCCCGGCCCCGGAGAGCCGCUCCCGAGCCUGAAGGCGGAGACGCAGCCCCCUGAGAAGCGUCGCCGGACGAUAGAGGACUUCAACAAGUUCUGCAGCUUCGUUUUAGCCUACGCCGGUUACAUCCCGGCGGCCGCCGAGGACCCCGCCUGGCCUCCAUCGGGCCCCAGCUCCCCGCGAGCCGAGGGGGGCGAGAGUUGGGGUUCAGCCCCCGCCGCCCUCCGCACCAUCGAGACCUUCGUCCGCAAAGCCAAAUCCUCCAAAAAACGGGGGUUGGGGCGCUUGGCCCCCCCGGAAAAUUCCCUCUUGGAUAAGAUGCGCCUCAAGGACUCCCUCUUUGACCUUCCUCCUCCUCCUCCACCACCACCACCACCACCACCUCCUCCUCCUCCGUCGUCUUCAUCCUCCUCAUCCUCGCGGCGUCGCGAACGCCGCAGCCGUCGGGGUGAAACGGGGGGAUCCCGGGGGGGCCGGGGCGAUUCCCGUUCCCGGGGUAGGAAGAACAAGAAGCGGCGAUGGAAAAAGGGGGAGCGAGACGGGGUGAGCGAGACGGACUCGGACGAGGAGGAGGAAGAAGAGGAGGAAGAAGAGGAAGAAGAAGAAGAAAUGGUCGUUUCCCCACCACAGCCCCCCCCGGCUCCCCCACCGCCCCCCGAAACGGGGCGAGAUGGGGGUAAAUUGGGGGGUGGGAAUAGUGGGGGAAAGGAAACGGGGGGCAGCACUGAAAGCAGCCGGGACGGCGAGGAAGAGGAGGAUGGAGCGGGGAGCUCGAGCGAGGGAGAGCUGCGGGUGAUGGACGAGGACAUCAUGGUGGAAUCGGGUGAUGACUCGUGGGACCUGAUCACCUGCUACUGCCAGAAGCCGUUUGCGGGGCGGCCGAUGAUCGAGUGCAGCCACUGCGGCACUUGGAUCCACCUCUCUUGCGCCAAGGUCAAGAAAACCAACGUCCCGGAUGUCUUCUCCUGCCAGAAGUGCCGCGAGGGGCCCCCGCGACGUCCCCCCGCCGCCCCCCGCCCUGGGGGGGACCCCUGAAACCUGCGAGGGGCGAACACCCCCCCCCCCCUUUCCCCAGGGGGGAGAGAGUUGGGGGUUGGGGGGGGUUUUGCCCUUGGAUGGGACUCGUGGGGGUUUGGGAAGGGGCUCAACCCCCCCACAGGACACAAGGUUUGGGGUCCCCCCUCUAAGGACAGGGGGGAAUUGGGGUCCCCUGGCCCCCCCAGUACAAGGAGAAUUGGGGGUCCGUUGCCCCAGGAUACAAAGUUUGGGGUUUCCCUCUAAGGAUGGGGGGUGUUGGGGGUCUCUUACCCACAAUACAGGGAGAUUUGGGGGUCACUUGCCCACAGAACACGAGGUUUUGGGUUCCCCCCCAUAAGCAUAGGGGGCAUUUCGGGGUCCCUCACUCCAAAUACAGGGAGAUUUGGGGGUCCUUCACCCCCAGGACACAAGGUUUUGGGGGUUCCCUGCUAAGGUAAGGGAAUUUUUGGGGGUCCCUUGCCCCCAGUACAGGGAGAUUUGGGGGUCCCUCACCCCCAGGACACAAGGUUUGGGCCCCCCCCCACACACACCAAGGAUAAGAAAGGUUUUGGGGGUUCCCUUACCCCCAGGGACACAAAGUUUGGGGUCCCCCACCCCUAAUACAGGGAGAGUUGGGUGUCUCUGACCCCCCAGGACACAAGGUUUUGGGGUUCCCCUCCAAGAUAGGGGAGACUUGGAGGGAGGGAAGCGCUGAGCCCCUUGGGGGCAACGUUAGGGGUCCCCCCUCAAACUGGGGGAGGUUUUGGGGGGGCCCUCACCCCCAGACCGACAUUUAGGGGGGGACCUUGAGUUGGGGGGCAUCCAGGUUAGGGGGGACCGCAGUUUUUAGGGCCCCUCCCUUGGGUAUUUUUUAACCAUCCCUUCCCUGCACUCCACUUUUUUUGUG